ACUAAUUUAAUCCCCCCCGCAGAAAAAGGGCAGAAAAAAAAAAACAAAAAAUCAGUCAAAACCCCAGGAAAACAAAUGGAUUCCCAUCACCGCCCCCCUCCGGUCACCGGAUCCACGGUCCAGUCGCCGCCUCCCUCCGCGGGGAACGGGACCCCGCUGGUGCCUCGAGCUGCGAGCAUACCACAGGCCGCGGCGGUUGCGGCAUCUCCGGAGAGCUCACCGUCUCGAUCUUCGAAAGACAGCAGGGCGACUGUUCCUCGAUCUGCGAGCAUAAGAGAGGAGGCGGUGACGGGGUCCCCGGCGAGGGUUCCAAGAGCUGCGGGUAUAAGAGACGAGGCGGUGACGGGAUCCCCGGUGAGGGUUCCUAGAGCUGCGGGUAUAAGAGGCGAGGCGGUGACGGGAUCUCCGGUGAGCUCACCGUCCCGAUCCUCCUCAAAAGAUGGCUGGGCGGUGGUCCCUCGUGCUGCGAGUUUAAGAGACGAGGCGUUGAGCGGAUCGCCGGUGAGCUCACCGCAGCGGGGAGCGAAGGAGGAUAAGGAAUCGAGGUAUGAGAAGACGAACUCGUUCAGUUCGGUGUCGUCUUUUAGGUCAUCGCAUCGCGACGCGGAGAAUCCUACCGCUUCGUCGCCGCGGUACAAGGAUACGGUAACCGGUUCCCCAACGAUAGGACCGAUGACAGUGGCAUCUAUUCUUCGAUCACCAUUCUCAAAUGUAGCAGCAGAUGACCCGUCAUUACAGAAAGCGACAUCUCCAAUGGUUCCGGUAGUAAACCAUAUGGUUUCAAGGGAAACAACAUCAGAUGUUGGAGGGAGAGGAGGAAGAGGAUCAAUGUGGGUGGAGUCAGGAACUUCAAGGCAACCGACAAUGAGAAUAGCUGCAAUUGGACUUAGGAUUUUGACAUUGAUUCUUAGUAUGAUAUCAUUUUCGGUAAUGGCAGCUGAUAAGACCUCUGGCUGGGACGGUGAUUCUUUUGACCGUUAUAGAGAAUUUCGGUAUUGCCUUUCAGUGAAUGUGCUUGUGUUCGUGUACUCAUUAUUCCAGGGAUAUGCACAAAUCCACCACAAGAUGAUGAAAAAGCCUAUCAUGAGCCGUCCAGUUAGUUACUUCUUCAACUUCUUCAUGGAUCAGAUACUAGCCUACCUUUUAAUAUCUGCAUCAUCAUCUGCGGCUUCUAGAAAUGGUGAUUGGGUUUUAGACUUUGGAAGUGAUCAUUUCACAAAGAUGAUUGAUGCCUCCAUCGCCAUGUCAUUCUUGGCAUUUUUUGCUCUUGCUUUCAGCUCCAUAAUCUCAGCCUACAAGUUUUUCAGUUGGACUUAUUAAACACAAUUGACAUUUUAUGUUGUACAUUUUUUUAAUAUUUUUUUGUCAAGAGAAAUUUGUGUUAUUGUACAUUGAUAUACAUACAAUAAUCUGUAUACUUCAAAAUUCAAUGAAAAUUCAUUUUUUUUCUGCCCA